AUGAUGGCUUUUGAACAUCAUGCGUUGGAGAUAUCUUACCUUGACUGGGAGGAAGAGGCUGUAGGCUCACUGGGAGUUGACGUGGGAGGAGGUGGGGAGGGGUUUGGCACUGGCGAUGGGGAGGGUGUUGGCACUGGUGAUGGGGAGGGUUUUGGCACUGGCGAUGGGGAGGGUGUUGGCACUGGUGAUGGGGAGGGUUUUGGCACUGGUGAUGGGGAGGGUGUUGGCACAGGCGAUGGGGAGGGUGUUGGCGCUGGCGAUGGGGAGGGUUUUGGCACAGUCGAUGGGGAGGGUUUUGGCACUGGCAAUGGGGAGGGUGUUGGCACUGGCGAUGGGGAGGGUUUUGGCACUGGCGAUGGGGAGGGUGUUGGCACUGGCGAUGGGGAAGGUGUUGGCACUGGCGAUGGGGAGGUGUAA